UUCUCUCUUAUACUUUGACUCAAGAAAUUCAAAAACCGCUCUAAUAUUUCUCUCAAGAAUUAUCAAUUUGCUGUCUCCAUUAAUUCUUAUAAUUCUUUAACUUCUCUCUGUCAUUGUUUAACAAUUUUACCUUUUUUGUAAUACGAAAGAUUUAUACGUAUUGACUGAUACGUACAAAGAGUAAUUCAGUGGACUGUAUCUAUGGAUGCAGGGAGUAGAUACAACAAGUUUCGUCCACCUCUUGUUAAUCAAACGUCUCACAAGAAGAAAAAUUCUCAAGAAAAUCUGGACAGGUUCAUUCCCAAUCGUUCUGCGAUGGAUUUUGACUAUGCACAUUACAUGCUCAGUGGUGGAAAGGUUAAAAAGGAACACGUUGGAGUAAAUUCUCCAUCUAAAGAAGCUUACUCGAAGCAAUUAGCAGAAAUUUUCAACAUGAAUAGAACGAGGAUCCUUGCUUUUAAGAAUAAGCCUCCACCUUCGGUUGAGAGAGUUUCUGAAUCUCCAUCACAUAUUCAACAGUCAAGAACCGUUAAAAAGAGGAGAUACAUUCCCCAAUCUCCGGAAAGGACCCUGGAUGCUCCAGAAAUCCUAGAUGAUUUUUAUCUCAAUUUGUUAGACUGGGGAAGCAGUAACGUUAUUGCCAUUGCCUUAGGAAAAUUUGUAUAUCUGUGGGACGCUUCCAAUGGGUCUACUACUGAGCUUCUCGAGGUCGAUGAUGAUUUUGGGCCAGUGACCGGUGUCAGCUGGUCACCAGAUGGAAGACACCUUGCAGUGGCCUUGAAUAAUUCACACGUUCAGCUGUGGGACACCCAGUCCAGCCGAUUGCUGAGGACUUUACGAGGACACAGAUUAAGGGUUGGCUCACUUGAUUGGAAUGGCCACAUACUGACAACUGGAGGCAUGGACUGUAUGAUCAUCAACAAUGAUGUGCGUGUAAGAUCCCACAUAGUUGGAACAUACAGGGGACACAAUCAGGAGAUAUGCGGAUUGAAGUGGUCUGCUUCAGGCCAGCAAUUGGCUAGUGGAGGGAACGACAAUUUGGUUCAUAUAUGGAGCCUAUCGAUGGGGUCUCCUAAUAAUGCUACACAACACCAAUGGGUUCACCGUAUGACAGAUCACACAGCUGCUGUAAAAGCUCUUUCCUGGUGUCCUUUCCAGAGUAAUAUGGUUGCCUCGGGUGGUGGUGUUGGCGAUCAGUGCAUAAAGUUUUGGAACACCAACACCGGGGCGUGCUUGAACUCUGUGAAUACAGGUUCACAAGUCUGUUCCUUGCUUUGGAAUCGACACGAGCGUGAGCUUUUGAGUUCUCAUGGAUUUACGGACAACCAGCUCACUGUUUGGAAAUAUCCUUCUAUGACGAAAAUUUCAGAACUUUUCGGUCACACAUCGAGAGUUCUUCAUAUGGUUCAGAGUCCCGAUGGCUAUACUGUGGCAACUGCAGCAGCUGACGAGACGCUAAGAUUAUGGAAUGUUUUUGGAAAUCCUGAAAAGGCUAAGCCUGUGCCAAAGAGAAAGCUAGAACCAUUUUUUGACUUGGCUCAGAUUAGAUAAAAAUAUCAUGCAAGUGCUGGAGUUAGUAAAGAGAAAGCAGUUUGUUCAUACUUUUGAGGAUAUGUGGUUUAGCAAGUAGUCUGAGUUAUGGCAAAUGCAUUUUUUGUUAUAUUGAAUGUAUAGAAGAUAGGUCUGAGUUAUUGCAAAUGCAUUUUUGUUUCUUUUGAAUGUAUAGAAGACAGUUUGUGGGAACUUUUGAAGAAUGUCAUUUAAAUGUAAUUAUAGUAUGACCUUCUGAAAGUUCAUGAGAUGGAUUGUGUAUAUACUUUUACAUGAG